UACACAUGCUGCGAGGCUUCGAAGAGGAGGAGAAAGACAAGGAUGAAAGGAGUGAGGAAGGAUGGAAAUGGUAGAGAGAGAGAGGCAGUUUUUAAUGACAGGCUGUUGUCGUCCCACCUUCUGUGAAGCUGUCGGCGCUCUUCCUGACAUCCGGCACCCGUUGGAGAGGCGGCAGUCACGCAGGUGGCCAUUCCAGUAAGCAGCAGGCAGCGAGCAGUGACGGAGAGAGGCCUCUUGAUCCCAACAGGUUGUGCACCAGUAUGCAGGUGGCGUACUAAGGAUGGAUGACUCGAGUUUAUGUCUUGGUGUGUCAUCAGCGGUGCCAGACACUGAUGCCCAUCUCAGCAGUGCAGUGUUAAAUGGGCGGUACCCCAUCAGUCAGAAGCUUCACCAGCUUACUGCUCAGCUAGGACACGCCUUUCCUGACUUACACCGCCCUCAACAGAUACCUGAAGAGAAGGCAGCCACACCUUUGGAUGAGAAGACACACCACGCAGCCCUGGCCAGUCAACCUAUUAGCAGUCAGAUGGCCCUACUAGCCAAUCAGCUCAACCGAGAUAUUGAUGCAGGGGCACUAAGUGGGCUGAAUGGCCGUGUUGACCUUCAGCAGUUUCUCAAUGGUCAGAACUUGGGCAUCAUGUCCCAAAUGAAUGACAUUGAAGAUGAUGCUCGCAAGAAUAGGAAGUACCCCUGUCCAUUGUGUGGCAAACGCUUCCGCUUUAACAGCAUCCUGUCACUGCACAUGCGCACCCACACAGGAGAGAAGCCAUUCAAGUGUCCCUACUGUGACCAUAGAGCAGCUCAGAAGGGUAACUUGAAGAUCCAUCUCCGCACCCACAAGCUUGGGAAUCUCGGUAAGGGCAGGGGCCGUGUUCGAGAGGAAAACAGGCUGCUACAUGAGCUUGAAGAGAGAGCCAUACUGCGGGACAAGCAGAUGAGAGGGAGUGGAAGUCUCCUCCAGACACCUCAGACACCCCAUCUUGUUCUCAACAACAGCUCUAACACUCAUAAUCAGCUAAUAGGGUCAGCCUGUGCACCCCCACCCCCAUCUGGCCUUGCAACUCCAGAAACUCUUUCUCAGCCCUCUUCUUCACCAAAGUCAGCCAGUCAAGAUGAACCGUCCCUGAACCCAGCGACAGGUUUCCGCUGUACAUUUUGCAAAGGGAAGUUCAAGAAGCGUGAAGAACUGGAUCGCCACAUUCGUAUUCUUCACAAGCCCUACAAAUGUACUCUGUGUGAAUUUGCUGCCUCCCAUGAAGAGGAUCUGAUAAGUCAUGUUGAGAAGGCCCACAUCACAGCUGAAACGACACAGGGACAGGGUGGUGGCGGAUCUGGGGGCAUGCAGCCUGCUACUGAAUUCCGCUGUGACGUGUGUGGCCAGGUAUUCAGCCAAGCUUGGUUCCUUAAGGGUCACAUGCGAAAGCACAAAGACUCCUUUGAACACUGCUGCCAAAUCUGUGGUCGUCGCUUCAAGGAACCCUGGUUCCUGAAGAAUCAUAUGAAGGUACAUCUGAACAAGCUUGCUAUUAAGAGCAAGCCACCCCAGCCUAGUGAGCAGGACCUGGCUGCCAUCAAUAGCAUGAGCAGUCUUGCUCAAGAAGCUCAUGCCAACCUGUAUUCUCGAUAUAUCUCCUGUCUUCAAGGAGGUUUUCUUUCCCCAGACAAACAAGGCCUGAACGAGCAGCACCAGAUGUUGGCUAAAGCAGGGAUUGUCAUGAAAGAAAAGGAGAUGUUAGGAAAACUGUUAGGACCAAUGGCUGGAAGUAUGGGUCAUGGGCUGGGUGAAAAUGAAAAGCGCUCACUCCUUGGUUGUCUCAAUCUUGUACCACCCCUCAAAUCCAGCUGCAUGGAGCGCCUCCAGGCUGCUGCAAAAGUGGCAGAAAUGGACUCUCUUAACAGUUACCAAGCCUGGCAGAUAAUGGCACGUGGAAUGGCUAUGGACAGGGCUUUCAUGCCCAAAGAACAACAACAGCACCAGCCCCAUAUAACUCCAGGGCAGGAAGAUGAGAUGAGUGGUGCAGGAGCCUUGGCUUCCUAUUCAAAAGACAAACAAGACUACCCCUUGAUCCCUGGCAGUGAUAGUUCCAAGCAGAAACAGCUCUCUGAAGGCUUACAAGUAUCUAAGGCCUCUAGUGGAGUCAUAAUACCAAUGAAAGAGGAUGGAAGAGGUUUUGAAACUCAUCGUGAUCUAGUGUCACAUCAUGGUGGUGCUGAGACCCCUGGAGCUUUGGCAGGCUUAGGAAGCUCCAACAUUGACUACAGCCUUUCCAGUCUGUCAAGCCUGAAGGACAAGCCUUCAGAGUGCCCCGACUGUGGCCGCAUCUUUAGAACAUACCAUCAAAUGAUUGUUCAUUCCCGAAUACAUGGUAAAGACAGAAGAGGCACUGAUGAAGCAAAUCAGCAAGGACUAGAUGAACGCCGUGGUUCUGCCAGCGAUCCUGAGUCCCAGUCAAUCAGCCGCUCAACCACCCCUGGUUCAUCCAAUGUGACAGAAGAGAGUGGUGCCGGGGGAGGACACUCCCAGACAGGGAGCAUCCAAGACGACAGCCCACAUCCCUCCUCACCAUCUUCAGAUGUUGGGGAGGAUGUGGGGAAGUCAGCAGUGAGCAUUCAGCCGCCACCGUCCCAAGUUCGCGAGCGGUGUCUGGGCUCGUCCUCUAAAGAUUGCCCGUACUGUGGCAAGUCCUUCCGCACCUCCCAUCAUCUCAAAGUCCAUCUGCGGAUACACACAGGAGAGAAACCCUAUCGAUGCCCUCAUUGUGACUAUGCUGGCACCCAGUCUGCCAGUCUGAAGUAUCACCUGGAACGCCAUCAUCGUGAGCGUCAAAAUGGCUCCACUACGUCAGUCCCUUCUUCUGGCCACAACACAACUUCUGACCAUAAAGACGAUCCUGGCAAAACAGGUAGUGGCAUCUUUGCCCGACCAGAUGUACUCCGUAAUGUUUUUAAGGGCAUGCCAACCAACCUAGACUUCAGAGCAAGUCCGUUGCUGCCACAUCAGUGGGCAUCAGCUGGCAUGAUGUCUUCACAUGACCGGGAUCGUGAUCGUGGAGAUCGCCGUUUUGACUCUGCCUCUUCAACUGAAAACUUGAAGAAUGCUGAUGGCCCAUCCUCCAUUGUGCCGCCAGGAACAGAGAGUGCUGCAAGCUUUUCUGAUCUAAGCAGAGCUUACCAAAGUAUGAUGGGAAACGGAGUCCACUUUCAAGGUUCACUCCAGGCUUUCAUGGACAACUUUGUCCUCAGCUCCAUGAAGAAGGACAUUAAAGACAACCAGGGUUCAGUCCAGCUUCCUGCCCACCGCUACCAUGAUAAUGGUGAGCCCAAAGCCAAACGAGUAAUCUCAAAUGACCAGGAUAGAGAGGAUAAAGCUGAAGGAAAACUAAAGCCGGAGCCUGGCAAGCCUGGCUCUCAGUACGAACCGCUUGAUCUGUCUGUAUCAGUCCGCCCUGAGUCUGCAACUGAAACUCUCCCUGGUUCCUCAGUCACUGUUCAUGAUAAUGUAGUUUGGCAUGGCUGCCUCUUCUGUUCUUUUUCUACCCCUUCUUUGGAGCUCAUGGCCCUGCACUUACAGGCCAACCAUCUGGGUAAGGCCCAAAUGCAGCGGUCUGAUACAGGCAAGGAGCUUCAUCGAGAUGGGUCUCCAACCCACUCUGCCAUUCACUCUUCCAACACCAAGACCUCUCCUUUGAUUCUUGACAGAGAUGGUGAGAAAGAUGGUGAGAAAACCCAAGCAGUUUGGAACAACCACAAUGACCAACCAUACAACCCCUUUCAGAGUGACUUCUUUAGGAGGUUUGGUGGCUUAUAUGAUGGAUCUCCAAGAGUCAGUCACAGCCUUCAUGGGUAUAUGGCAGAGCAGGGUCUAGAACUGCCUAGCCAGGCCUUUGGGGGAACACCCUUACCUGGAGAUGACCACAUUGGUGAGAGGGGUUCCUGCAAAGAUGCAGAAGAUGACCRUGGUGAAUUUGAUGAAGAAGGUGUAAAAGCUGUGGAGCACAAUACCUCUGAGACUCCCUCGGCUACCCCCAAGAGACAGCAACUGCAGAGUCAGUCUGACGAAGAGGGAGAUGAGGGUGGAGUGGUUGAAGAAGAGGAGGAAAGAGAUGAAGAUGAGCACAUAGACAUGGAGAGAGAGGAAGAGGAAAGUCCUGCUUUUGAUCAUCCCCAGAUCCAUCCCAAGCAGCUUCAAGAUGACACCUCUCUUCUCUCAAGAAGUGGAGCUGGUUUGGCAGCAUCUGUGUCAACCAUGACAUCAAUUCCUCUUGUUCCCCAAACCCAGAACCAAACUGUGCCCCUGGAGAAGCAGUGGCAGCAGGGUCUGGGCCUCCUAUCCCCUGCAGGUCCUCCAGGACUCUUGAAAGCUGAGCAGCAGACUCACCUAGAGCAGCAAAUGAGCAUGCUGUCUGUUCUCAGAGCCUACAGCAACGACAACCUCCCUGCAUUCAACGGCUUGGGAGGUGGAGGCGGCGGAGCAACCACGGGGGGCAUGAAGAGGUCUGAUGCACCUGCGCAUCUGUGGGUAGGAGAGGAGGACCAGCCCAUGGCCCAUGACCCCACGCUGACCCUCGAGUCCAACCACCUUAACAACGACCUUAACCACCAUAACCUAGGUGAGCCGCAGGGGCUGGACGCCCACGCUGUAAGCAAAGACUAACGACCUGCACAGGGAUGCGGAUGAUGAUGAAGGCAAGGAUGAUGAUGUCGAGAAGGAUGAAGAUUAAAUGAAGGAAAACACUAUUAAAAAAACUUUAUUUAAAAUAAUAAAAAAAAAAACAUGGGAAAAGAAGGUGGUAACUUUAGAACAAGAAGUUUGCAACAGUUUCCUUUAAGGAUGGAUCCACAAAAUGGACCUAAUGACUUUUCCAAACAUUUCUUGGACACUAAACAAAGAGACAACAACUUUCCUUUUUGUGUCUCCUGUGGUCUGAAUGCUCCUUGUCUUUGUUGUCCAUUGUUUUGUUUUGUUUAUUUCCUUUUUUUUUUUUUUGUUUUGAUGAAACUACCUGUCUGAUUCUUGUAAGUGGCCCUGUACUUACUGAGACAUUCCUUGACUUAGAAACAUAAUGUAUUUUUAAAUAGGACUGAAGUGUAAUGCUUAAUAAAAUACUUCUUUUUUCCCUCUUUCCUGUUAAGAGAAGAAGAUACUUAUUAUAAAAGUCUACAAAGCAUCCUUGUAUUGUACCUGGUAGAAUGUAUUCUACUGCUGGAUUGAAACUCAACUUUACCAGACUGUUGAUUGAGACCAAGCACAUUCCUGUCAAACUAGGCAACUGUGGCUCACUUUUCAGCUGUCAUAACUCACUAUCAUGAUUAACAAGGAACAGAUCACCAUUUUAUUCAACCUAAAAACAUGUCUUUCCAGUUCCCAUAACUGGUUGGUGACAGAAACAUUGAUUGUAAAAAAAUAAAAUAAAGAGUGGUCAUUCAAACUGCCCUAAACGUUCUUGUCAACAUGAGCAGGCCUUCAUCCCACUACGUAACCGCACAUUGUAUUUUUUUUUCUUUCUUCUGUGAUCCAGAUCAACACGGCACCCAUAGGUGCUCAAUGUACAUAGAGAGAAAUAUAGCCUAGCUGAGCAAAGCGAACGUUUUAAACAUGUCGAAUGAAGAAAAGCUAAGAGGUGACAAUAAAUUAUUGGCCAGCGUCUCACGUGGUCAGCGUUCUUCUCGAGUUUAACAGAGGAGAAUUAAAACAAAAAGAAAACUCCAAAAUAAAACAAAGUUGGGAAAAAAAACUUUCUUUAAAAACCCUAUGACCCCCUUUAUUUCCUCAUCUCUCGUGUCAACCUGGAGGACUCUGGUGUUGCAGAUGUUUGUAAAAUACUGCCACUGAUCAUUGUUGCACAGUGUUACUGACUACUGAAAAAUGGUUUGAUGUACUGUAUUUACUUUAAGAUGAGAAAAAAUAGCAUAAAACUGGAAAAAAGACAUAUUGUGUAUAGCCUUAGAUACAAGUCAUCUGUUAUUGCUAUUACAAAGCUAUGUAACUGUGCUAGACUGUAGGAUGUAGGGUUCAUUUGAUUUUGAAUUUUUAUAUGUACUGUACAUUAAUGCCUUGUCCAUUUACUGAUCAGAAAACAAAACAAAAAAAAAAGAGGAAAAAGAUGACAAUCGUCUCCUGUGCUGCAAACAUAUUUGCCCCAUAUAUACAGAUCCAUUAUGCAUAGAGGGACUUCUACUUUCUGAUUUCUUUCAUUUGUUUUGAUUCUCAGAAGUAUUUUGCACUGUGAUAGUAUUAUAAUUCCAACCUAUACAGUACAAAACUAGCUAACUAACUACAAUGAAGGCGUGUGUUUGUGUGUCCCUUGGCAUCGUGAAAUGUUUCUAUGUCAUUUUUUGUGAACCCAGAGGGGGAGAAAAAAAUAAUAAUAAAAAGUCUAAUGCGGUAUGUACAGUCCACAUAUAUUACCUUUCUUUUUAGUCUGAUCAACCUCUAUACUGUAUGUGGCUUUGACAAACCGAUCCUCAGAUUAAUUUUACUUUUGUUUUUAUCCUUGUAUGCUAAUCUCUUUCUGACCAACAGCUUGGGCCUGUUACUGCUUUCACCUGGGUGACUGUCAGAGCUCAAAUUCCWGCGUGAAGAUUUGACCGUGGUACAGCCAACAAUAUUUUGUUUUCACUUCAUUAGAAUGUGAUAUAUAUACUGUAUAUAUAGAUUGCAAUGACUUUCAAUUUUACAAACGAGGGGAUUCGAAAUUAAAACAAUAAAUGUGAGACAAUGAAAAGAAGUGUGACAUUAUGCAUUUAGGGGUUUGGAAAAGGGGUGAAAGUAAAGUUGGGUGUAAUCUUCUGAAAGCACUGACCAAUGGUUUUGAAAUCUCUGUGUUCUGUAUAAAUAUGAGAGAUUGCUGAGAGUCGGGCUCGUGCUCUCUCCUUUUCUGAACCAGCUAUAACGAUCAUUCCACUCCACAUAUUAUGUACAAAACCUGUCUUGUGAGCUGAUCACUCUAUGUUUUGCUGUAUCCUCCUCAUGGCAGAAGCUUUGUUUUGUAACUACUGAACUGUACUUAUAAUAAAAAUAAAAUGUAUUCAAACUAAAAAAAAAGAGAUAAAUGCAGCA